UGAACCAGAACUGAUCUAUAGAGAAUCGAAAGUUACUUCUCGACAUUUUUUUUUUCUUUGAGAGAGCUCAUGCAAGCAAGAAUGAGAAGCGACGGGGCUAGAUCUUUUGAUGUGAAGAAAUUCAUGAAGAAAGUAGCAAAAAAGUUCGGUGCCAAAGAGAAGAUGAUCGGCGGCAUAGCCAGAAAAUGGAGGAUCUUGAGCGGCGGGAACAACUGGGAAGGUCUCUUAGACCCUCUUGAUCUCGAUCUCCGUAGAUACAUCAUUCAUUACGGAGAAAUGGCUCAGGCGACAUAUGAUGCCUUCAACACGGAGAAGGCAUCUAAAUUUGCUGGAAGUAGUAGAUAUGCGAGGAAGGAUUUCUUCCUCAAGGUUGAUUUGGACAAAGGCAAUCCGUUCAAGUACAAUGUCACGAAAUUCCUAUACGCUACUUCACAAGUUCAGGUCCCGGAUGCUUUUAUAAUAAAGUCUGUCUCCCGGGAAGCAUGGAGCAAGGAAUCGAAUUGGAUCGGAUACGUGGCCGUAGCCACGGAUGAGGGGAAGGCGAUUCUCGGGAGAAGGGAUAUCGUGAUUGCCUGGCGAGGGACAGUGCAGUCCCUAGAGUGGGUGGAUGAUUUCGAGUCCAAUCUGAUCUCCCCUUCCAAGAUUCUUGGUAAGUCCGGGGAUCCUAAGGUUCACCAGGGCUGGUAUUCGAUCUACACAUCCGAGGACUCGCGUUCGCCAUUCAGUAAGACAAGUGCUAGAGAUCAGGUCCUCGAAGAAGUUCAGAGACUGGUCGAAAUGUAUGAUGAUGAAGAAAUCAGCAUUACUGUGACAGGACACAGCCUAGGUGCGGCGAUUGCAACACUAAACGCGAUCGACAUUGUCUCAAAUGGCCUCAAUAGGAGGCCUGGUGAUAAACCCUGCCCUGUAAUCGCCAUUGUCUUUGCCAGCCCUAAAGUCGGGGAUUUGAACUUCCAAAAGCUCUUCUCUCAGUACAAGGAUCUCCGAGCAUUACGGGUCCGAAACGCCCUAGACAUUGUCCCGAGCUAUCCUAUUGUAGGGUACUCAGAGGUAGGGGAAGAGCUCGGGAUCGACACAAGGAAGUCCGAGUACCUCAAGAGCCCGGGGAAUGUGUCCACGUGGCAUAACUUGGAGUGCUACCUGCAUGGAGUCGCGGGGACGCAAGGGGGAAAAGGAGGGUUUAAGCUCGAAGUGAAGAGGGACAUUGCCUUGGUUAACAAGAGAGCCGAUGCUCUGAAGGAUGAGUAUCUCGUGCCGGUUAUGUGGAGGUGCGAGAAGAACAAGGGCAUGGUCCAACAAGGCGAUGGGUAUUGGAAACUGAUGGAUCACGAAGAAGAUCUCUAAUUUUAUUUUCUCGAUUGGAAGGUUCACGUGACUUGUACAAUGAAAUAGAAUAUUAACUGAUAAAAUAGUACGAAUAGUUUUAUCACAAGAAUCGUAUAUGGAAUCUCUUGAUUACUAGCGAAGACGUAUAUCACUGACAACACUACUUUCUGAAAUUUCUAAACUUUUGUGCAA